AUGCGGAAGCUUCGUAUCCUGGCCAUCAUAACCUCACGUCGACUUGUCGCAGCACAAAUACCCCUGCCGUCUGGUAUCCGUCGUACUGGAGUCUCUUGCGCACACAAUCAUCUCGCAACAAGAUCAUUCUCUACUGCCGGCAGGACGACGACACCACUCAAGCCAGUCAAUCGACCUUUCUUACAAGCAGGCGACGUACUGAAGCUCGACGACAGUGAGAUCAUGGCAGGCACUUUCCCGCAAGAUGCUCGUGAGAAGCUUCGACAGCAGUUCCUGGAUCAGCCCGAGGAGGAUCUGACGAAGAAAUGGGACGAGGCAUGGCAAAAGAAGCAGACGCCAUGGGACAAGAACGGCCCCAGUCUUGCUUUGAAGGAUGCCAUCGCCGAUAAACAUGAGAUCUUUGGCUCAGCGACUAAGGACGACAGCUCCCAGACUCGAAAGAGGGCACUCGUGCCCGGCUGCGGAAGUGGCUACGAUGUCUUCUUGUUGGCAUCGCUAGGCUAUGACACCUACGGCCUCGACGCAGCGCCCACAGCUGUCGAGGCUGCUAAGCGAAUCCAGAAUGAGGUGCCAGCAGACGAGCGAUACGCCGUUCACAAUGCCAAAACUGGUCGUGGCGAGGCGAACGUGCUCCUCCAGGACUUCUUCAAAGAUGACUUCCAGGAGGAGACUGGUGGUGCAGACUUUGAUGUCAUCUUCGACUACACCUUCUUAUGUGCGUUGCCGCCAGACCUGAGACCGCGCUGGGCAAAGCGGAUGAGCCAGCUGCUUGGCCCUACUGGGAAUCUUAUCUGUCUGGAGUGGCCGUUGGGCAAGGACCCGAAGCAAGGUGGACCACCUCACGGAGUGACGCCUGAGCUCUUCGAACAGCUGCUCCGUCGACCUGGUGAGCAAGUGAAGUAUGACGAAGCUGGGGUCGUCGUGCAGGAUCAGAGCAAUGGCCAGAGCGAUGCUGCACUCGUCAAGGUCGAGCGCUUCUUGCCGAGUCGAACUCAUGAAUCGACGAAGGGUAAUGAUCAUGUCUCGAUCUGGCAGCAUCUGCACAGCUCAAAUGGGAAAGCGACGCUGUGA